AUGUUGGUCCUGAGCCCGCUUGUCCGGGGAUCUUACCUGCAGCUUUUCUUCUGCUUUGCUCUGUCUCAGACCGCGUACGUUGACAAUGUCUUCUCAGUUUCAGCAGAUCUCCCUUGUUUGGAACAGAAGAAACAGCUCAACCGCAGAGCGUGCUGCCUCCUCGGCCCUCCUCCACCGCCCCUGUUCCCACCACCGUACUUCAGGCAUGGCUGGAGCACUCUGCUUGCCCUGGAUAUGAAAGACUUAUGUCAGGAGCUCCAGAUAAUACAGGCUUCCCCUCUGCCCGAACCACAUUGCCCUGCAGGACCUCCUGGCCCCCAGGGUCCACAAGGAAUUCCUGGUAUAAUGGGACCAAAAGGGGAGAAAGGAGAGAUUGGCAGGCCAGGAAGAAAGGGUAGAUCAGGUGCCCCGGGCGUUCCUGGGAUGCCAGGACCAGUAGGAUGGCCUGGACCUGUGGGACCGAAGGGUGAAAAGGGAGAGUUGGGUGUGAUGGGAUUGCCAGGUACAAGAGGACCAAUGGGCUCCAAGGGUUUUCCUGGAACUAGAGGAGAAAAGGGAUCCAGAGGUGACAGGGGUGACAAAGGAGUCAAAGGAGACCAGGGAGAAAUUGGCUUCCCUGGAAUGCUGGGACAAAAAGGAGAGAUGGGCCCAAAGGGACAAUCCGGAGUACCAGGACACAGAGGACCUAUAGGAAGACCUGGAAAACGAGGCAAACAAGGACUAAAGGGAGACAUUGGACCUGCAGGUAUCAUGGGUCCACCUGGAAGGCCUGGUCCUUCUGGCCAGCCGGGCCCCCCUGGACCUUCAGGAUCAGGGCAAUUCGCAAUAGGACCAAAAGGGGAAAGAGGACUUCCAGGGCCUCCAGGGAGAUGCCUCUGCAGAUCCCCACAUCAUGUGAAUAACCCACCAUAUGAGGAACCUGUGUUUGGACACAGUUAUCCGAAAGUCCCUGCGAUUUUUGUGGUGAACAAUCAAGAAGAAUUGGACCGGUUAAACACUGAAAAUGCCUUAGCUUUUAGAAGAGAUCAGAGAUCUUUGUAUUUCAAGGAUACCUUUGGAUGGCUCCCAGUUCAGCUCACCCCUUUUUAUCCCGUGGAUUACCGCUUCGAGGCUGUCGGUACCUGCGGAGAUGGGAUUGUACAGGAUGGGGAAGAGUGUGACGAUGGCAAUUCAGUUGUGACCGAUGACUGUAUACGAUGCCGCCGUGCUUACUGUGGAGAUGGCUACAGACACGAGGGGGUUGAAGACUGUGAUGGCAAAGAUUUUGGAUAUUUGACAUGUAAAACAUAUCUCCCUGGGUCUUAUGGAAAAUUACGAUGCACUUCUUACUGCUACAUUGACUCUACACAGUGUCGAUACUUCACAUGA